GAAGCUAAGGUGAAACAUGUUCUGUGUUCAGUAGAAUGAAUAGUGAAUCCACUCUCUAAAGUCUCACUUGUGGGACCCCUUUUGCUACUUUAUACUUCCACCACUAUGAUUUUUUGAGUGUAGUCUGACUAAUCUGACCUUUCUUGUCUAGGCCUGACCCUGUGUUCAGUUUUUCUAAUUCAUUUUGGCUCAAUUCUUGAAUUAUUUUUUUUAAAACAAUAAGUUCAAAUCUGUGAACAAUUAGUUUGAUUUGAAUGUCUUAUUCAUUCAAGCAAAUUGCACGUUUUGGCACGUACAGUUGUCUACAAUUUGCACAAUAACUGCUUGCACAUGGCUUGCUGAUCAAAACCGAUGAGUUGAUUCUCAGUGAAAUUGUAAUACUCUGCACAACUUCUAAACAUUCUUUCAUUGUUUGAGCAUGCAAAAUAAUCCAUUCAAUUAUCAAAAUCUGUCAGACAUACAUAUAUAUUCCAUAAAUAUCUAUGACAUGGAAUGUUUGUGAUAUCCGCUAAAUUGGCAAAUGACCUGCCAAGGGGACAGUAUAUGAAUUUACAUGAAAGAUAAAAGGUGAAUUUUCUGUUUACAGUAUGUAACACAUUACUACACAAAUAAAUGUACUGUACACAUACAAAUGUGCAUAUCCUUUUUCUGUGUACUACAGUAUUGUACAGUAUUGACUUUUUUCAAUAAACUUUUACCUACUGCUGAAAUCUGAAUCUAAAAAGCUCAGUGCAAUACACAAUAGCAUUCAGCUAGACAAAACUGACAUUCUUGUAUAGUACAGUAAGCAGUCAGUGUCAGCAAAAAGUAGAACAACAGAUUUUUGUAUAUAAGAAACAUUUCCAGGGUUGAAAAAAAACAUUAAUCUACUUUCAUUUUGGUGGCAUUGGCCAAUUUACUGACACAAUAACUGGGUUUUGAAGCUUGAAUGUUUCAUUAAAUGUUUUGGGUGAGUUACUACCUUUUGCAGACAUGCAAUAGAGUUGUGAUGUCCCAUGAAACAGUUGUGACAAUUACACUUACAGUUUAGAAAAUGUUAAGACCGUUUCAAAUAAGCAAAUGAGCCAAAGCGAUUGAGAGAACUCUAUGUGUGUGUGUGUUUGUGAUGGACAGAUUAAAUAGUUCAAAGCCAGAGAGAGAGACAGACAGAAGCAGCAAGCACGAGAGGGAGAAAGAGUGCGCCAAAUGUCUCAGUGGUGCCAUAAAUGAUUGACAGCACAGAAUGACUGCACUGUGUGUUUGCUCAUGUUGAUGUUUGCCUGUGUGUGUGUGUGUGUGUGUGUGUUCAAUAUGUUAAAUAUCAAUGUAUGCAUGCAUAAGUAAAGCAUAACAGUCAUUUCUAUGUCUCCAUAUUGUGGUAAACACCCUUUGAUGAACCCGGUCCUUGCUCAAUUUCCUCCUCUUUCACUAUGACUGGACUAUUAUGUCUAAAUUUAUAACACAGACCAGUGUUAUGAUUUAUGUAGAAUUAUAUUUAAGAUAUAUUGUACAAUUAUAUCUAUGAGUGCUAAAUGCUGAUUAUGGGGCAUAGGUGUCAAUGAUAUUUUAAAAAAGUAAUUAUUUUAUUUUGCAUCACAUUUUAUUUAUUUCCUUUUAAUAUUUGAAUACACAAUGUAUGAUUUCGCUUGCUUGCGACCUUGAGUUUUAAUCAUAUUACUCAAAAAUGUAUUAUUUAUGUGGGAAGUUAUCUUGUAUAAUCAUUGUUGGACAGUUUAAUUAAAAUUACCAAGUCAACUCUCGACACCUUAUGAUCACAGAAACAUGUUUAUUAUAGAAGCAACUUUAUUUUUACAUUUUGCCAAUUGUACAAUCAAAUUAGUUAAAGUUUUUAAAUCUUUAAAAAAAGAAUUAAAGUAAAAUGAGUUUCCUGUUAGUAAACUAGCUUUCAUAAAUGAGUAAGAAGCCUGCAAUUAUUGGCCUAUUGAUCCUUUUAAUUGAAUAUGAAUUAAUGCAAUUAUGAACAGAUGGAUUUUUCUUCAUUUCAUAUAAUAUUUAUGAUUGUUUUCUAAUUUACUUAGCCUAACAGUUAGAUAUUGUUGUUACUUUUGUUUGCUGAGACUGAAUAUUUAUUAAAUUUACAAUGUGACCCUACAAUCCAAAACAAAUCUCACAUUAUUGUAUUGUUUAAACUUAAUCCAAAAUGUUCCAAAAUUUAAAAAUAUGUAUCUUUAUCUUAAUCUUCUAUUAAUUGUGACUUGUAAUGAACCCACACAAGUACAACAAAAGCCAGAGGAGACAGCGCUCGUGCCCACACAACCUCAGUGCAUAUCAUCUUCAAACAGCAUUCUCUUUGAAAAAUAAAAGUAAUCUUCUCCUAAAUGUCAGAGAAGACUUUCUUGGCAAUUGUUGCUUCACUUUGAGAAUGUUUCAAUGUGGCCUUCAAGCUGAUGUGUCUGUACACACCUACAAGUCUGAUUAGCUUUCCAUUCCAUUGAGGUUGAGAAGUUAGACACAAGGUUAACCUCUAAAUUACUGUUGGUGGAUUCACAAGUCUACAUUUUGCUCUGUGUUAGGAAGGUUGGAUGAAUUGCUCUCAGAAAUAUGAAAGAACAUAAAGAUUGCUUUUUACAGUUAACCACCAAUAAUGAUUUGAUUGCUUCAUUAAAUCCUAUUUCCCUCCAAUUUACGUUCUCGCUCCUGUAUUGCAUUUCUGCGCUGGUAAUUAACAUAACCUUGUUUGAAUUGAGGUUUGGCCCUGUUUCUUUGACGAGGAGCAGACGGAGUUAUUUGCAUAGUGUUGCAUUUUCAAUCUUGGGCCUGUUUGUUAUUUUGUAAAAGGUUUUUAUACUGACAGGUUUCUGAUUUCUUGCUGUGAAUGAACUACACUGCUCUCACCAAUUCAGUCCUAAUAAGCCAUACCAGCCAUACCAACACACUUCACUUGCACUGACUGAAUCACUGAAGCAAAUCAUUCAACGCUCUCCUGCAGUGCUCCUGUUAGCGUAUGAGCCUGUGUGAGUGUGUGUGUGUGUGUGUGUGCAUAUGAAGUUAAAUCAAAUGUAUUCAUAAAAGCUCUUUUAACAACAGGUACGUCACAAAGUGCUUUGAUGAGAACAAAGGACAAAAUUCAGAUGAAAACUACAGAUAAACAAAAAGAACACGUAUGGCGUGAGUGUGUGUGUGUACGUGUGUGUGUUUGUGUGUGUGUGUGCUUGAUGGAUGUGAGGUUUAGUUUUGAGUCAGAGGCAGCAGCAAAAGCCUAAGUUUGAGAGUGUGUGUAGGAUGAGCCUCCUACCACCCUCCCUGUCUCUCAUCAACUGUCUCUCUGCCUCCCGUCCAUCCUUCCCUCUCUUUUAUGUGCCAACAGGUCUUCUGAAAAUCAGAAAUAUAGAUUCAUGAUUUAGAACUAACUGACUGAUUAAUGACUUUUCAUGUUAAAAAUACAUUUGACUGUUGAAACUUAUGUGGAAAGGAUCACAUCAGACAGUACAAAGGCAGCAUCUAGUCAGCAUAUACCGUCCAAUAUAUAAUCUGUGCUGCAUCCUUGACUGUUUGUGUGUAUACGUUUGUGUGCGCAUAUAUGUGUGUGUAUGCAUGUUUGUAUCCCUCACAGUGAUUAAAGCAAGUGGGCGGCAGCAGCAACUGGUCUGCCUGUGUGGCUCUGCAUAGCAGACAUGUUUCUCACUGCUAGAUAUUACUCAUUUCCUCAGCCCUUUGCACACACAAGCACACACACACUCUCUUGACACACACACACACACACACACACACACACACACACUCACAUACACAACAGACACAGAGACAGAUAGCAGGCUCUCAGUUCUUUCCCUCAGUUUGGUGGGCUCGCUGGUGUUAUUUCAUGCGUACAGAGAUCAGAGGCAGUGUGUAGCUGGAGGCUGCUGUUAUCUGCGGGUGUUGUAACUGGCAGUGGGGCUGUGGAGGAGCAGUGUAGCACAGUGAGGAGCUGAGGAGUGGGUUGACCCUCUGGGAGGACUGGAAUAUGAAUGACUGCCGACACUGGGACGUCUACUCAGCCCGCACUAAGGUGAGUGGUGCUUCAGUACAAAAGAAUCAACAGUGAUCUGACAGUGAUGCUGUGUAGCAGCCUUCCCCUCUGUCUGCGCCCCUCGUUCUCCCGUGAGGCCCAUGUGACCUAGCCUACACCCACACACAGGGGGCCCCCACUGCCGCUGGAGCCCACCCAUGAAUCCCAGCCCCGACCGCGGCAAAGAGUGCCUCCCUCCAAAGAAGAGGGAGUCUCGGCAAGGAUCAACAGAACACCACGUCCCCCUGGAUGAGUUUAAACCCCCUGUGCCGCUCCGGAGUCGGUCCAGUGCAGGGGGAGGGGAGGGAAGCAGGGAGGCCAGCGACAGGGACCGAGCUCAGAUUAACCCAAACCUCCAUCUCCUACAUACUCCUCCACCCCUUCCUGCUCCAGCACCAGGCCUCCCCUUGCCCCUACCAUGGCACCUGAGCUACUCUCCCUCUGUCUCUCUCCCCCUUUUCCCAGGUCAGGUCGGUGAGAGGAGGGGCUCAGGGUCUCCUGCCUGGAGAGAUGAUCCUCUCUCCACAGCCCUGCCCCACCACUCCAGGUGGCUUAGAGGGGAAGGGCCCCUCUCCUUGCCACCUUCCCCAUCUUCCUCCUCCACUUCCUCCUUUAAGACUCCCUUCCCAGCCGAUUCUAGAGAAAUGUGGUCCUACAUUAACAGCGGGCGGCGGGACAAUAGCUCCUCUCUCUUCACCCCGUCGUACUUGUUUAGCCACCACUCUCUCUACACUCAAGAUCCAAGCUUAGUUGAAGCCAGACACAGGUACCUGGGCAAGAGGCCGAACGGCCUGGAUGGGCCAGGCAGCAGGACUGCCUCAACCUCCAGGCCUCUGCUCACAGGAGAAUAUGGGAACGAUAGCAGCAGAAUCAGGCUGGACGUCAACCCACACAGCUCCCAUACCAACGGUGGACGGAGACAUCAGGAGGAUCUAACAUCCCGUGUCCAUUCUGGAGGGCCAUUUUUGUCAGACUCUCAAGCUCAGGAGGGCCCUGAGCCACAUUCCUCACUGCAGGACAGACAUCCGCAUGGGAUAGUUAAGACCAGCUCCAAUUUACUUUCUCCCAGUCCCCAUCCCCUGGGACCAGUCCCCAGGGCAGGUAGAGGGGGACUAUUGGACCCCCUAGGGGCCACACCAGCUGAAGCCCAGAUCUACUACUCCUUGGGAUCAGUGUGCCACCCCAGCCCUCAGGCCCAGGCCUGCCCAUUCUACAGCCCCUCAGGAACACCUCUGUACAACCUACACAGGGAGCCAGGCCCCAGGCAGCACAAUCUAAGGAACUCACCUCACUCACCCCUGGGUCUGCCUAACAGCCAUGACAGGACACAAAGAGACCGGGAAAGAGACCGGGACAGAGACCAAGAAAGAGACAAAGUCCUACAAAGGGACAGGGAGCGAGGUAAAGACAAAGAGAGGCACCUACAACAUGACAAAGACCAAGAAAGAGACAGUGAGCGCGAGAGGCGACGGGACAGAGAAAGAGACAGAGGGAGAGAGUUAUCUCCUUCCCAUCUUCACACCUCAUCCCCGGGCCUUCACCCAUCUCCCCCUGCGCUCCUACCUCACUUCACCAAGGGUUCUCUGAUUGAGUUGGCCAGUGGGCGGUUAAAGCGGGUGGAGGAGCUGCGGACCGAGGACUUCAUGAGGAGUGCAGAUACCUCUCCAGAGUUCCACCUCAGCACCUGCACUGUGCUGCUGAUUUCCCCCAGCAGUACACAAGGCUUCAGCCACCUGCAGGUCCACCUCACAGACCGCAACACUCAGGAGUUACUGAAGGUCUUGGUGGAGUAUCCGUUCUUUGUGCAGGACCGAGGCUGGUCUUCUUGCUGUCCCCAGAGAACCACACAGCUGUAUGGCCUACCCUGCCGCCAGCUCGUGGAGGGGGACGUCUGUCUGGCUCUCACCCCCACACCCACCCAAACCCACCGGACACACACGCGUACCGGCUCCAGGGCCCAUCGCAUGCAACUCCCCUCCAGGGCUGCAGGAGAGUCCAGCAGCUCGCACAGGGAGGAGAUGCCACCUCCACCUCCUCCUCCCCCUCUUCCUCACCACCCACCUCCUACCACGCUGACCCCUCCACGUGCUUUGGCUGCAGUCCCUCCCACUCAGGAGCAGCCGCGUCCACGCAAACGGCGCUGGUCUGCCCCGGACACAAUUCCCCCACCUGGAACUGAUGAAAGCCUCCUGGAUUUACCUCAUGGCUCCAAGCUAAUGAAGUGGCAGUAGAAACUUGGAAAUGCAUACGUAAACAUGCAUACUUACACACACACAUAAGCACAUACACACCCUCCUUGUCUCUGUUGCACCCACCAAGACAAACAAUGGAGAGACCUCAAGGCAGGGUUGCAGGGAAGGAAUAAAAAACAAUAGAAAACACACUUUACGGGUGUCCACACUGCUGCCCAAAAUAUUAACCUAGUCCAACUUAGGCUAGCCCUUGUUGCACCCCUUCUUUCCUUUCCUUUCCUCAACCUUACUUAGUACAGCCCUGAAAGGAGCAGCAGCUGAGUAUCUCUGGAUGGCUCCUUACAGACACACUGAAGACAUUUAGUAAGACAAUCAAGCACUUGUCUGUGUUCACUCUGUUUUUGUAAUGGUUGUCCCACACACCUACUUACUGACAGUGUUUUCUGCAGGGUAUCAAUUUUCAAUCAGUGUUAUGAAAGUAAACACUAUUGAAGAAGUGCAGAUAUAUAUGAACAAAAGUUGACUAUAUAUAUUACAUUACAGAUGUUAUAUACAGUAAAUAUGCUAAACAGAUUUAAUGCAAUCUCUCUGUCAAUUUCGCAAUGCAUUUUUUUUUCUUGCUGAGCCGAUGCCUACGUGUCGGCCUGGGCAGGCAAGGUGAAUGUAUGAGAAACUCUUCGCCUUUUUUAUUCUCAUCACUGGGAGUCAUUUCAAACAAUUGUUCGUCAAGGCAUUACCCUCCAAUAUGUUCUUAACAUUAUCUCUGAGAAAGGGAGAACACUAAUGAAAACUGCGUAACAGACAAUCCCACCCACACAGACAGGUCUGUGCCACAUCGCCUCGACACUCAUGGUGUUUUUCCAUUAAAAACUGAAUGAUGGAAAGAGUAAAAGUGCAGUAUGGCUGAAGAGUAAUGGUGCUAAUAACACGUUGGAACAUGAUGCUUUGUGAAUACUCUUGACCCCUGUGUACUGUACGCUUCUGUUCCCAUCUCAUUUUUUACGUACUGUAUAUGUUUUAAGGCAGGGAAAAUGAUGAAAGUAUUUUAAACUCAGAUACGGGUAUCUCCUCUGAUUCAGCACACUCUCUCACUUUAGUUUUUGUGUUUGUUUUUUUAUUUUAUUUUAUUUUCAAAAAGAGAACCUUACCUGUUGAUUUUUUCUUUUUAAAUGUUAUAGCUACAAAAAUGUAUAUUUUUAAAAAUUGUGAAUCUGUUAUAUGAUGUUCGCUAGAAAUAAAGGAAAAAAAGCUUUAUA